GGUCGGCGGGCGGAGCGGCGGUGAUAACGAUGAUGGCGGCCGGCACGGGCAAGCCCCGCCGGCGGCGCGCAGGAAACAAGCAUUCAGCUGCUCAGAAAAAUGAAGAUGCUGCUCAAAGGAAAGCAGCUCUGGAGGCUGCACUGAGACACAAGAUUGAAUGUGAGAAAAAAGCAUUGUCUAUUGUUGAGCAGCUCCUGGAAGAGGACAUUACUGAAGAGUUCCUUCUAAAUUGUGGAAAAUGCAUUACUCCAUCUCACUAUAAAGACGUUGUUGAUGAGCGAUCUAUCAUCAAACUGUGUGGUUAUCCUCUAUGUCAGAAUAAGCUGGAAAAUGUGCCAAAGCAGAAGUACAGAAUUUCAACAAAAACGAACAGAGUUUAUGAUAUCACUGAAAGAAAGUGCUUUUGCAGCAACUUUUGCUAUAGAGCAUCUAAAUAUUUUGAAGCUCAAAUUUCCAAAAGUCCAGUGUGGAUGAGAGAAGAAGAAAAACCACCAGACAUAGAGCUGCUGAAGGAGGGACGGAGCGGACGGUCUGGAGAAGAGGUGAAACUACGUGAUGAAGUAAUUAAAGCAUCUGACAUUGAAAAUCCUAGGAUAUCUCCCGAUCCAUGUGAAUCUGUUUCUCAUGACACAGCCAGUGACAGCAGCACUGAUACUGAACAAGAAUUUAUUUCGUCUGUCCUACCAGGAAGUCAGUCGAGUUCAGCCAAUUUUGCAGAGCAAUUGCACAGAAAAAGCAUCCUCAAAAAGAAGCAUGCUCAGAAAGUCCAUGCCAGCCCUAAAACUGAAGAUGCAGACGUGGUAGAAGCCACUGAACAACUCUCUCAUUGUAAAUUAGACGCUCGGGAAGAAAGGCACACUUGCUCUGUUCAUAAUGAAGUAACUGCACCACCUUCAGACAAUACUGCUUCUGGGAAAUCAAGUGCUUCAGAAAUCUUUGAAAAUACGUGUGGAUCACAGAUAGUUUUUCUAGGUGUGAGCAAAAGAGGAGCAGAACAUCUUAAAAGAACAUUAGCUAAGUCAACAGAACAUAACCCUGAACUGAGGCAUCCAGUUAAUUCCAAAGGCAGUUUACUAGAAGUGCUUAGGCAAACACUUAUGGAAUGGAGAACUGAGGAAACUUUAAAAUUUCUCUAUGGCCCAAACUAUACUUCUUUGUGUGCAUCAGAGUGCAUAGCAUCUGUCAACCAGGAGACUGAAGAACUUGAUGAGGAUGACUUAGAUACAGCUGAUGAUCUCAACAAUGUUGCUGUAGGGGAGUCUGAAAACAGUUUGAACUACUCUUUACCUUUCACGGGCUCAGGUGGAAUAGUUAAGCCUGUGCCUAGUUAUGAAAAGUUAAAAGAAGAAACAGAGUUCCUAGAACUCCGGGUAAAAGAGUUCUAUAAAGGAAGGUGUGUCUUGGCUGAGGAGGCAGCGACACAAGUGCAGACAGGGGAACAUCCAUGCAAAGACAGAGAUGAUCAACUGGAAGAUCUCACCUUCCCACUUGUUGAUUCAAAUGCACAAAUGCAGAUUAGGAAGCGAAUUGUCCUUGAAAAACUGAGAAAAGCAUUAUCUGCAGUUUUGGGCCCUCUUCAGAUUGCUUCAGGUGAUGUUUACACAGAGCUAAAAAAUCUUGUCAAAACUUUCCGGUUAACAAACAGAAAUAUUAUUCACAAAAUGCCUGAAUGGACUCUCAUUGCUAUUGUUUUGUUAUCUGUAUUGUCACAAACAACUCCACUUUUCAAGAAUACUCAGACAAGCCCAAUGUACACACAGUUCCUGACCACGUUACUGGAAGAACUGCAUUUCAAAAAUGAAGAUCUGGAAAGUUUAACAAGAAUAUUUAGAAUGGACUGACAACUUGAAUGGUCAGUCAACUUCAAGCUACUUUGUGUGUCUUAAAACCAAGCUGGUUAACCACAGGUUUAAUUUUCAGCAUUUUGUAAGUAUGUACAGUAACUACAGAUUGUAUCAGCUGGAGCAGAAAAUGUGUGAAGCACAUUUUAAAGUAAAGAAAUAUGUAUGGUAUGGAAAUGAGUGUCAUCAUUUUGUCACUUACAGUAAAUGCCAGCUGCUUACUUAUCACAAUUAUCUUUUGAUAAUGUAUGGUUGGCUUACUGCAAUUUUGAGGAAUUUUUAGUACCACAGUUUAUUAAAAAUUAAAAAAAAAUUAUGUGUGGCUACAAUGGUUAAGACUCAGCAGGUUUUUUUUAAUUAUUACAAUGAAAUUGUUCAGUUACAUUUUGUGAUAUUAAAUUAAGAGCCGUGUACUUUUUGCAUAAUGUUGAGAUAACAUUUUCCAUUCCAGGUAGGCCAAAAAAUUUAAGAGCAAAUACCUUAUUUUGAUCAUACUGAACUGAUUUAAUGAAUAUAGAUUAUAGUAUAUUACUGAUCUCACUCCUCUGUUCCCCACUGAAUAACAUGAUCAUCUUAGCAUCUCCUACUACCUGAAAUAGUUGCAAAGAGGACAAAAGAACACCUUCAGUUGUUUGAGCUUUUUAAAAUGAAAAAUGAAAUUUAGUAUGAAUUGUAGUACUUGCAUUUCUGCUUUUUCAUUUCCUUCCUAUGGGUAAGAAUUUUGCAGUCUUGUGAAGAAGCUGACUAACCGCAGUUGUUCAAGGUAUGAAGACAAGUUAAAAUAUGGAUCGUCUGAAAUAUGUUUAAAAGCAGUAGAAAGGAAUUCGGAUUGCUUUGGUCUUUCUUGGUUUGGCAACUUUCAGUCAAAGUUUGUCUACAGGGAUCAGGGAAAGAGAGGGGAAAAAAUGUGGGAGCCUCUGAUGGUAAGAACAGUGCUGCUGACAUUUUUCCAGUUGCCCUCAUGCAUGGAGCAUGAACCUUUAAGAAUGAUGACUACAGUACACAAAUAUGUCUGAUUCAGAGCCUGUUUGUCUUGCUACUUCUAGGAAAAGGGGUGCACUUUGAAACUUGUGUAAAAGUUCUUUUUAAACAGACUCUAGUUGUUACUAAUUUGGACUUUUUAAAUAUAUUUUAAUAACUAAAUUUUUUACUACUGCUUUCAGUAGUCAUUUCAUUUCAGAGAGUUGUGUUAUUUAGGCUGAGUCUGUUUGGAAUAUCUUCUGCCACUAACUGAUUAUAAAUUGCACUUUAAAACCAGUCCACUAGUAAUUCUUACUGAUUCCAUAAUAUGUUUUACUGCGUAGUUCUCAGUUCAUAGGCAGCUGUAUUUUGAGAGACUUGAGAAGAAAGUUGUAACUGACUGCUUAGUCUGCAGCAAAUGCCAGCUCUAGGUAAGGCUAAGGCAAGCCUUACCAGGGCUCCUACACGUUCACUCCAUUUAAAAAAACAAAGUUUAUUCCUUUGGUUUGCUUCUGUAAUUGGACACUAGAAAGGAAUUCCAGACUUAAGUAGUUCACUGCUGUGUGGUUCCUUCAUGAUAAUCAGAGUAAAUAUAUGUAGAUUCCCCCCAACACACAGAAGUUCAUGCAGCUUUGCCAUGGAAGCUUCACUGAGCAGUAGACUUUAUUUAGGCAAUGCUUGACUUUUUCUAAUUUACAUUGUAAUGGGAAGUUACUUUCAGUGUAAGUUGUAAAAGCAACAAUUUAGAAUUAGGAUAACCUUGAAUGCAGAGUUACAACUAUGCAUUUUUUAAAUAUGUAGUAGGGGCGGAAAUGCCCAUUACUAUCAGAGUGUGUCUGAUACAAAAUUUAUAAGAAUUACUGGAUAGAUGUUACAUUGGUUUUGUACCACAAUGGAAAAAGUGUACUUGAUACAUAUGGAAAGAAGGGUCAAGACCUCACCAAAAGAUAAACUUCUAUAGAAGACUGAGUAAUAGGCAUGAUACUCUAAGCAGAACUUAAACCUUGAAUUUAUAUCUCUUCACUUCUGAUUUUUGAAGUUGACUGAAUUUCUAUUUUUAGCUAGUAGAUACUGAGCAAGCCAAUAUCCUGCUCCAUGCAUGUUUACCUUGGGGCACAAAGAUUACCUCAUAACAGUUCUUCCAUACAGAGUACACCUAGAAGGCAUUGCAAGUGUACAUUGUG